GAUAAAGGUAUCUCUUGGGUUGAUUCAGGUCAUUCAUAUCAUUUCUUAUUUUGUGGCGUUCAGUUGAGGUUUGUUCUUCUGACUCUCUUGCUAUCCGAAAUGACAAUGCCAGGAGGUGCCAGUGAGGUUAAAGAUGCUGAUGCUGAAAUUCAAAAGAUAGUUGAUGGUGUGAAAGCGGAACUAGAAGGGAAAGUUGGAAAGAACUUUUCAGAGUGUAAAGCCAUUUCCUACAGAUCUCAAUUAGUUGCUGGUACAAACUAUUUUGUCAAGGUACAGGUGGGAGAUGAAUACAUCCACGUGCGCAUCUUUGUGCCUCUCCCGCACACUGGGGAGGCUCCCAGCGUUCACAGUUUUCAAGCUGGGAAAAGUGCUGCAGAUCCCAUAGAGUACUUCUAGGUUCAAAGAGGCUCUCUGGAUUACAUAGUACAUAGAAUCAGUACAAUGAAGCAUAAAUAUAUAGCUGAAAUAAAAACAGUGCUUUCAUAGGAUGUCUUAGAAUACUUCUAGGCUCAUUAUUAGGUUUUGAAAUAUAUUUUUAUUCAAAUGUAAUUAUAUAUGUAAAUGUUAAUACAGAUAAGCAUAGCUCAAUAGCUGAAACAAAAACAGGGCUUUCAUAAGAUGCCUAGAAUAAUGAUCUGUCUUAAUUAUAUCUACAGUAUAUAAUAAGAAAGGCCACAAUUCUAGGGCAUUGAUACAAAUAGUCUAAACUCAAUAGCUGAAGCAACAAUUAUGUGAAGACUUGAAAUUCCCAGUGUUGUGAUGAUUUUGCAGAUUUCUUGAUAACAGGGUUUCAUCAUUUUGGUCACAUCUCUGAGGUGCUUCUAGAUCUAUAAAUGAAAAGAGACUGCACUGGUAUAUUUUUACAUCUCUAAUACUCAUUUUAGUAAUGACGAUAGCGAUAUUUUUGGAAAGAUUGUAAAAUGUAAUGCUGCAGCAACAACAUGAUUUAGCCAUUUUGUGCAAAUCUAGUCCUUGAGAUAAGAUGAAAUCACUGAGGAUGUCAAGUGAUGUAACAAUAGUCACAAGUUCAUAAGUGUUGAGUUUUCAACCAUUGUAUCAUGAUAUGAAAAGAUAAUUUUAUUUGAUUGAAGUCCUCUUUACAAGCUCAUUUACACAUAUUUGCAUUGUUUUAAACCAUUCAACUUUGAACACAAGUUAUCUGUUUGUCAACGGAAAUAAACAAUAUUGAACUGUAUAUCAUUUGACAUGUUAUCUUAUUUCUGUUCUAUGGUAUCUGUUAAAAAUUCUAAUUUAAGAGUUUGAAUCUAAAAUGAGAUUAGGCCAGUCAUUAUAUUUAUAUAGAAGAUAGAACAGUUAAAAUAAACCAAGGAAAGUAAAAUCAGCGCCAUAAAUGAAAGAACUCCAAAGAAGGUAUUUCAAAAAGGGCUUGUUGCUAUGCAUAAGGACAAAAGAAUUGUAGUUCCCGCCACUGAACAAUAAGUGUGCUGUUCUUUUAAGCAUUGUGUUCUUUAAAACUUGAGGUAUUGAAUACUGUAACAGAGGUAGCAAGACAUGUUUACCUAUUAUAUGAGAAUGCACAUACUUUGAUUAUUCCUUUUGUUCAGUUCUUACUUUGAAUUCCAUAACAAGAAAAGGCAGCAAUUCAAUAAAUGAUGAAAAUUUUUA